AGAGGGAGACAGACCCACGGAGAGAGGGAGACAGACCCACGGAGAGAGGGAGACAGACCCACGGAGAGAGGGAGACAGACCCACGGAGAGAGGGAGACAGACCCACGGAGAGAGGGAGACAGACCCACGGAGACCCACGGAGAGAGGGAGACAGACCCACGGAGAGAGGGAGACAGACCCACGGAGAGAGGGAGAGAGACCCACGGAGAGAGGGAGACAGACCCACGGAGAGAGUAUCUGGGAGCUCUUGUGUCUCAGGAGGGCUGAGCUGCCUGAUAUCAGCAGGAACAGACUGCUGCCUGGAGUCUGAUAUAGAGACAGCGCUGGGAUCAGCACAGAGAAGUUCCCGUUCCCGUUCCCGCUCUCAGCAAUGGCGGCUGCUGAUCUGAGAGACGAGCUGAGCUGCUCCAUCUGCCUGAGCAUUUAUACUGAUCCGGUAAUGCUGCCCUGUGGCCAUAACUUCUGCCGGGGCUGCAUUGGGAAAACAUGGGACACCCAGGAGGGAUUGGGGGCUUAUUUCUGCCCUGAAUGCAGAGCCGCAUAUCAGGAGCGCCCCGCCCUGCCCAGGAACAGAACUCUGGGGAACAUAGCAGCGCGGUUCUGUCCGACUGAGCCAGGGGAGACUGGGAUUCCCUGCACCUACUGUGUCCUCUCCCCUGUACCCGCUGCUAAAUCCUGUCUGCACUGUGAGGCUUCUCUGUGUGAUACCCACCUGCGGGGGCACAGCCAGUCGGCAGAACAUGUACUCACUGAGCCCACCGCUUCCUUUAUUGGGAGAAAAUGUUCUGUACAUCACAAGGUUCUGGAGUAUCACUGCUGUGAGGAUGGGGCCUCUAUCUGUGUGUCCUGCUGCCUGGCCGGGGGGCACCGGGGCCACAGGGUGGAGCUGCUGAGUGAGGCCUCUGUGAAGAAGAAAGAUAAACUGAGGAAAGUUCUGGAAAAACUGAUCCAAGAGAGAGAGGAGAAUGAGAGAGGAGCCCAGAGGCUGCAGGAGCGCAGGAGAGGAGUGGCACAAAAAGCAGCCGGUGAGACAGAGAGAGUCACUGCCCUGUUUAAGAGCAUUAGGGAACCCUUGGAAACCCUAGAGAAGCGACUCCUGAGUGACAUCUCCAGGCAGAAAGAGGAGCUCACACUCCCACUCACUGAGCUGAUCCAACAGCUGGAAAUAAAGAAGGACGAGCUGUCCAGGAAGAUCCGGCACAUUGAGGAGCUGUGCAACAUGGCAGCUUCACUUACUGGCAUACAGGAACAAUGGGAAUCCCAUGGAGCUGAGGGGGCACAUAAUAAGGGCAGAGAGAGAGAGGAUAUAAAGGUCCCGGCUGUAGGGGAUCUGGAUGUGGAGCGGAUCUCAGGGACAUUACUCAUAGGCUUAUCUGGGAUUGUGACUGGUUUAAAGAGAAGGAUCUAUGGGCAUGAGGCUUCAGGGCUGUUACUGGAUAUAAACACGGCUGGGGAUCGUGUAUCUGUAUCAGGGGACAGGAAAUCUGCUUCCUUCUCACUAUUAGACCAAUAUUACCCAGAGUCCCCAGAAAGAUUUAUAUAUUAUGCUCAGGCUUUAAGCAACAGGUUUUUCCCCUCAGGGAAACAUUAUUGGGAGGUGGAGGGCAGUAAAUUUGGGGGCUGGGGGGUAGGGGUGGCCUAUCCCAGUAUAGAGAGGGGAUCGGGUGAGUCUGCAAUAGGGAAUAGCAAAUCCUGGGGUUUGUACAAAAGGGAUAAUAAUAUCUAUUCAGUAAGAUACGAUCGUAAAGAUACAGACUUACCCCACAUCCCUUCCUGCAGGAGAAUUAGGAUCUUAUUGGACUAUGAGGCCGGACGCCUGUCCUUUUAUGAGCUGAGUGAGCCAAUCAGGCACUUACACACCUUCACUGCCUCCUUCACUGAGCCCCUUCAUGCUGCAUUUAGGGUAUGGGGGAACGGGUCCUGGGUGAGAAUCACUAGCUAGCCUGGGGGUGACCUUCUCCAGCCACACAAAGUGCCUUACGAGGGAGGAGCUCAGGAACCAUGGAGCACUGGGGGACCUCAUUUUAAAAUUUUGGAUACACCUAUGAUUGUUUUAUGCAGCAAAUAAACAUUUAACGUGUGCGACUGCCUA